AUGACUGCCAUCGCUGAAAGCAACAUGUUUAAGCCCAUCAAAGUGGGUCCUGUUGAACUCUCCAACAGGAUCGUGAUGUUGCCAACAACAAGAUUCAGAAACAGUCCGGAGCAUGUUGCAACCGAUGCCAUGCAAAAAUUGUACUCUGACAGGACCAGAGACGCUGGCUCUUUGGUGAUCACCGAAGGUACCUUGAUCAGCCCCAAGUACGGCAUGUACCCUCAAGCUCCAGGAUUAUGGUCUGAGGUCCAGGCCGCUGCCUGGAAGAAGGUGGUCGAUGCUGUUCACCAAAACGGCUCGUUUAUUUGUUCGCAACUUUGGGCCUUGGGCAGAAUUGCAGAGCCCGAGAUUGCAAAGGCCGAUAAUCUGCCUCUGUACGGACCAUCUGCUAUCCAUUAUAGCGAAGAAGCGAAGGAGGCUGCCGAAAAGUCCGGCGUAGAAUUGGUUGCCCUUUCCACUGAGGAAGUCGAGCAGAUGAUCCAGGAGUAUGUCGUUGCUGCUGGACAUGCUCUCGAGAUAGCUGGUGCCGAUAUGGUGGAGGUCCACUCUGCCAAUGGAUAUCUGCUUAACCAGUUUGUCGAUGAAGUCUCCAACCAACGUACCGACAAGUACGGAGGAUCCAUAGAAAAUAGAGCAAGAGUCGUGUUGGAGAUCAUUGAUGCCAUUGGUACCAAGUUCGGGUACGAGCGCGUUGGAGUCAGAUUCACACCUUGGUCUACUUUCCAGGGUAUGCCUGCUGGAGACGAGGCCAAGAUCAGCCCAAUUGUCACGUACGGCUAUCUGCUCAGCGAGCUCGAGAGAAGAGCAGCCUCGGGGAAAAGACUGGCCUAUGUCAGUACUACCGAGCCAAGAACUGAAUGGUGGUUAGAAACAAAGGGAACCAGUUCUUUCCACAAUGAUUGGAUGUAUGACAUCUGGAAGGGUGUUGUGAUUCGUUCCGGUGCAUACUUCAUCGAGCCCUCUUACUCCACUGCGCUUAAGCACGUCAAUGCCAAUGACCGCACAAUCAUUGGAAGUUGCAGAUCGUUUACCUCGAACCCAGAUCUACGUACUCGUCUGCGCAAGGGCUUGGAGCUUACUCCAUACGAGAGAAAGUACUUCUACGCCUACACCAAUUACGGGUACAACACCUAUGGCGACUACGGAACUGAAAAAUUGGGUCCAGAUUCCGAACAGGCUACCAAGCCAUUGACCCCUCUUGCAUAG